AUGGACACAGCAGCGCAGCGGCGCUACAGCGCUCGAGACGGUGAUCAGCACGGAUUCAGCGGUGAAGGCGCUUCGCAGAUGAUGAGUGAAGCGCUGGACGCGAGCUUCACGACCCAACAAGUGCUCACUGCCGCAGAUUCCAUGGCGACGAACGCUCAUCAAGAGAGGAAAGACGAGAGAAACAACCAGGCGGCACCUGGUCUACAGCGCGAUAAACCGCUCGCCGCCCAGAGAGAGCUGAGCGGAGCUGAGCGCGCGCAGCCCACAGGCAGGCAGCAGGAGGAGACUCGUCGUCGUCGGGAGCACAGUGGGCGCGGCCGCAGUCCACCCGACGCGCGCGGGCCGAGGAAUGCCAAGAUGCCCCCCGCCGCCAUCGGACGACUGAGAGGCGGCGGAGCAGGAGCUCGGGCGGGGGCGCGGGCCGUGGCCUUCAUGGCGGCGGCGGCGACGCUGCUGCUGGGCGGCGCGGAUGCGGCCACAGAGGACUUCUUCGCGACCCUCGCGUACAAGUGCGAGAACAACAGGUGCCUCUACACGACGGACACGACGGACACGACGGGGACGCUCUUCACGGACCCCGUGGACUGCGUCAAGCAGUGCCGCACCUCGGACCUGCAGAGCGUGGACGAAGGCAGCGACCUCUCGGACGUGGCCAGCCUCUCCGUGGCCUCGUCGCUCAACGGCACGUGCGCCAACUGCUCGCUCGUGGCCACGUCCACCUACAACUUCCCGCAGAUGCUCGAGACCUUCGACCUCACGGCGGCGUCCGUGGCCGCGUCCUCGUGCAACUUCACGUGCGAGAUCACGCUGGACACGCCGACGCUCUGGGUGCUGGAAGGACAGGCGUCCGACUGCUGGGCCGGCACGACCGACACGGCCGUGGAGUGCUCGAGGGACGGCAACGCGACCGUCAUGACGCUGGACGCCGACGCCCUCGCGGUGCUCAUGGCAGUGCACAACAGCUACGACUUCGUGGUGGACAAUGUGACGACGAGACUCGGGCCAGGCACGUUCUCGGAGGAUACGACGCUGUCCAUGAAGUUUGAGGGGACAGGGUGUCUCGCGUCGAACAGCGACACACAGCAGCAGGCCUUCCAGGUGGACUUGACGUCCAGCUCGUACCAGCUCAUUGGAUCAUUUACGAACACAGUGAUGGAGGCGGAGGACCCCACGAUUAUGGACUCCACGUCGGUGACGCUUAGCGUCACGAGCGGCGCGGUGCUGAGCGCAGGCGCGUUCUUCUUGCUGCGUGUCGCGAGCGACAAGGAGGACGAGUUCGGAACUUUGAUCACCAAUGUGACCACCGCGUCCAUGCUGCUGCCGGACUCCGAGAGCUCCUCUGCGGUUGACCUGAAUUUGUUUGUUGGCGCAUCGAAUAUCUCCUUCACGAUCCCGGAUUCUUUUACAGGCAGCAUCCAGAACGGAGACACAGUCAACAUUUCUUUCCGGACCUUCCAGAACCCGGCAAACAGCUCGAUUGCUAUUGACAAGGUGUAUCUCUCGGCGUACCAGGGCCUGGCUUCGGCUGUGGAUAACUCACCCAUCCAGUUUUACGAGCUGGAUGAUGCCAGUCGAUCGCUCAAGGCCGCCCCGCUGGACAUUAUUACUGUGGUGGUGUACGGCGCGUGCUUUUUGUUCUCGCUGGUGAUUAUUAGGUGGCACGGCUUGCCGUUGACGGUGAAUACGCUGUGGACAGAUUUGGUGGCGAUCACUGCGCUGUUUUCCUUUGCUGCGGCGACGGGCGGAUACCUGGUAUGGGUCAUUCAGCCCUCAAAGGCUUAUGUCCACUGGUACACUGCUCAGUACUUUUUCAACACCGCGAUGAUUCUGUCGCUGUGUUUCCACUGGGCAACUGUGCUGUCGUUCAAGUGCUUCAAGAAGCUCAGCUUUACGUCUCCAGUUGUCAUGGCGUACGUUUUGAUCAAUGCGUGCGUGCUGGCCUUCAUUGUCGUGGUGUCGGCUAUGGCGGAAGAGAAGCUGGAGUGCGUUUACGACGUGAAGUCUACGGCAUGUUCGUCGGAGGAAGAGUGCGCACUUUCAAUUGCAGCAGAGGGUAAAAUUGUGCGCUCUGCCAUUGAGGAGUGCGAUAUGGAGGCAUUCUACCUGGCUUUCGGUACUGGAUUUAUCGUCUACACGCUAAUGCUGAUGAUUCUGGGCUGCAUGGUGAUGAGCCGUGGACGAACGUUGAUGCUGAACGAGGACCCGUCCGACGCACGCAUCCGCAAGUCUCUUACGAUUUUCUACGCUAUCAUCGCUACGACGUGCGUCCUCUACGUUUCGGCUCAGGUAAUCUACAUCGCGCAGUAUGUGUCGCACAAGGGCGAGGAUAACCAGCUUUCGGAUGUCGUGUGGUACAUAUUCAUCGUGUGGCUGCCGCACAGCCUACCGCCACUCCUGCUACUCUUCCUGCAGUGGAACCCCAGUACGGAGAACUUCCGACAGGACGAGGCGCCCUCGGUGGAUCAGUCUUCGAAGGAGGACGUUUUCAACUACACACCUCGUUCUUCUACCUCGUCAAGCCACAUGCCGUACUCGAAGCUGCUUCGUGACCGCUUGAGCAUGGGAGAGUCGAUGCUGAACAACGAUGAGCCCGGCAGUCGGUUGCGUCUUAUUGUGCGAUUGAAACUUCCGGCGUCAUUUGACCGCGCGUGUUUCGUGUCGCUUGAUUUCUACUCGUCGAAGGAGACUAUUACGUCAAGCAACUCGCUGCACAGCAUCUCAACUGCGGCUGCCUGGAAAUGCGUGGGAACUACGGAACCGGUCGGAGUGGCGGGAGAAACGGAGUCGGUGUUGACAACUGGCUCAACCCACGCUAUUUUCCCUUUCGUUGCCGUGCUGGAAGUACCUGUAAUUGGCCCAGCAUCCAACACGCUACUGCGCUUUAUGGUGCACGCGAGCACAUUGGGGAAGCGUGAUAACUCGUCGCAUUAUUUGGACCGGUCGAGCUCUAGCCAAGGCAGCCAGGACACGGCUUCGAACCCGCAGCUCUCAUUCCAGAUGACAAUGUUCCACCCUGUGCUGGAGUUUGUGACGUCGUCGCAGGCAGUAUUGGAUGCUGCAGCAAGCGGCCACUCGUUGAACAUUCACCCGUCCGAUGACCACACAUGCGCGAUUUUAGAGGAAUUCCCGUCGCUGCAGAGCGAGAUCAACAGUAUCUUGAUGGGCAACGCGAAGAACGCUGAGCUGAGUGUCCAGACAGUUAUGAUGCCAGGCGACAUUUCGAACCGCGACGAGGCUUCGUCUCACAAGAACAUCGGUAACAUCAUCCGAUUCUUCCAAUACGAUACGGAAGAUGGUGGCGGCGGUCUCGUGGUGGAGGAUCUGCAGGAAAGUGUUUACUCGAAUGCAAUUCCGCGACAGCUGAUUGAGCUGAUUGCAGCGGAGCGUCAGGAGCAAGCUGACCGUGCGCGCGAAGACCUGCACAACUUCCUCAACCAGAAGAAGGGCAAGCAGAACAUGGGGUUCUACGGCACGCUGAUCGGCCAGAUCCAGGAUGACACAGACUCAUCACUUGCUCGUGAGUGGCUCGAGGAUCGUGUACGAAGACGUAAAGAAUAUGUGGCCAUGCUCCGCAGGAAUAUCCAAUACCUGGUGAAUCGCGACAAGCACAAGAACUAUUUCAAGGCCAGCGUUGAGAAGAAGUCGGCUGAUUUGCGCUUCGUGCCGAUCAACAUGCACAUCCAAGACCUGCUUAUUGGUCCAACGAAUGCUUUCAUCAAUGAUGAGAGGAGACGAUCGUCAAAGGAGGUGUCUGCAUACGAUUUUACGACUGUUGGCGCCCCUGCAGCACACGUCUACAAGUUCAACAAGGGCGGCAUUCUCUCGUAUCAGAACAGGCGCAAGAAAAUGGAGGCUAAGAUUGCAGAAGCUGACCUGGACCUGUCCAAGUGGCCCGAGGAAGUGCGUGAAUACGAUAAUCUCAAAUGGGACCUGCAGCUGCGUAUGGAUUGCGCGUUCGCUCAGGCAAUGGCUGCACUGACCUGCAGUUUCGUGCGCAAAGUGGAAGUUGCUAUUCAAAACCCUGACGUUGCCCGGGGUGAAGAUAUGCUCCGUCAGUUUUCCAGUCUGGGUUUCCUCUUCCAAGUGGAGUCAUUGCUGUCUACACAUGGCAAAGAAAUCGGCAUGCUUGAAGACAUGGCGGGUGCGGUGGAGCAUUUGAGCUGUGUGGCGUUCGUGAUUCAAGAUGUUCGUGACAAGCCCAUGAACCGUUUCUCCUUCCGUAUGUCACGCCGUAAGGAUGUGGCUGACGAAGCUGGUGUGGUGAAGGUCAAUGUGUCAAACAAGACCGGUGCGAAGCGCUCUCACAUCAAGUACAUUGUGACGGUACAGGUCGCCACUAGCGAAGUGGAGCUGCCUGAGCGCCUUGCAGCUGGAGGUGAGAUCCACGUGACACCUGUCCUGUUUUCCCAGGGCAUCAAUGAGAUGCAGACGAUUGCCAACAACACCGAGCGUGCGAAGACGGAGCUGCAGGACAUCAUCAACUUCCGCAGUCUGAAGCCUCUCAAGUCGUUCUGCGAGAAGUACCGUCGUCUAGUGGUAGCUAUGCCUACGAACGGCUUGAGCGGUCUUUCGUCAUCUAGUCGAAGUCGCGCCGGAUCACAUCGUUACAAGGCCAUGUCUACGGACUCGACAAUCACGUCGCCGCUCCAUCUCUCACAGGACGAAGUGACUCAAGAGCUGCGUGCGCUUGAGGCGUGUAUUAACGAAGCAGCUCAGAGCCUGGUGAAGACGAAGCGUACGGAAAUUUUGAAGCGGUCCUCGGACUUGUGCCGGGAGCUUGGCGGCGGCCGUGUCACGGUCUGCAAGAGCGCCAAGGAUCGCACAGCCAUGUCCGUGACCUUAGAGCAGGUGCGUAUCCUGCAGCGCCAUCACGAUCUGCCGGAGCACCGCGUCCCCGCCACCGUCUCCGUUAUGCGCAGUCACGGUGUGCGUAUCGAGAACGCGCUCAAGAACACGGGCAAGCGCCAGUUCGCCUUCAACAAGCUGCAGCGCUCGCUGCUGCCUGAGGAGUAUCGUUGUCCUGACCAGGUGGGUGGCACGGGCAACGUCAGUUAGAGCGUGCGUGCCGCUGCCAAUGCCAAACGGUCAGAGGCUUAGCAAAAGUCCGCCAGGGUAUACAGAUCUAAUAGUAAUUUUUUGUGUUUCC